UGGAGCGCCGGUCCUGCUGGAGGUCCUUUGAACGAAAGUGGCGCGGCAUGAUGGCAAGUUGGAAGUUUUGACGAAGAAAGAAGUAAUAAUUUACGCUCUGCGCUAUGUUUUCUGCGGACCAAAAUUGUUGGUUUGUCCGCAAGGUGAUUUGCUGGAGGGCUGCAGCCAGCAUAGCCUGGGCUGUCUUGUUGUUGCCACCAACCACGGCAGUUUUUGUCAUCCUCAGCAAAUUCAGUCUUCUCUUCCCAAUCCAGACUCUAUCAGAAUGUUUGUCCGUCAUGACAAGCGCCAGCGGCAUUUUGUCCUUUGUCCUGUUGUGCAGCGUCACCACCAUGGUGGGCUUCCUGAUCUUUGUAUAUUAUACGGUCAUCCCUACCGUUGCCUGCUCCAAAAUCGCUCUGUUGGGUCACCUGCUGCAUCCGCGUCACGUGGCCAACUCCUUGCUCCACUGCUUCAUGGGCAUCAUGGUGGCCUGGUGGGCUGCUGUCACCAUUGGGGGCCGUUACGAGAUGCACACUUACCCCUGCGGCGUCGAAGACGCUCCCCCUCAGAUGUGUCUGAACGAGUACCAUCUCAUCCUCCUGCUGGCGGGAGCUUUCGUGGGCUUCUCCCACAACCUGUUUGGUGUCGUCCACAACAUGAACUAUGUGUUUUUCCCCACCGUUCAGCAAUACAAGUACCUUCGUUUUAAGGAGUCCUUGCCGCUGGUGGUGAAGUGCAGUGCUGCCCAAGCACUUUACUCGAUCAGGAACUACAUUCUAGUGUAUUUCUUCUUGGGAUACAUCCCAAGAGAGUGGAUCUGUAAAAUGUUCAACCUUCACUUAAACAGUUCCACUCACCGUCUGGACACCAUCAGCGGGCUUCUGGACUUGACCCUGCUCUACCAUCUGUGGACCAGUGCCACCUUUCUACUCUUCACUUGGUACAUGGCCUUGCUGCUCUUCAGGAUUUUUAUCACGGAGGACUACAGUUUCCCAAUACAGUCAUCUUUCACAGAGGACGUGCACCAGUGUCUUCCCAGAGUUCUGUCUGACCCAAAGCCAGGAAUAUUAAAGUUCCUAGCCCUACAAGACUUGGCUCUGUUCUCUCAGCACUCGCCAUGGCGACGUGGCGAGGUGUUCAGCCUAAGUCAGCCAGGUGGACAUCCUCACAACUGGAAUGCCAUUAGCAAGGAGUGUCAAUCGCUUCUGGCGGACCUGACCCAGCGACUGAUCGCUUACCACGACAGCGUGGCCACCAACGGCAGGGCCAAGUCGCUUUCGUCGGGAAGUGGCGAACUGAAGUCCACGUCGGACUCGUCUUCAGCAAUCUCUGGUGCAGAGGAUCAGAAGAGUCCAAUGGCCAGAAACGUCCCGAUCCAAAGUCCAGAUUGCGUCUUCGGCAGCACGCAGCCAAGACACUUGACGGCGCCGUUCACCCCACCCUACCAGGACAGCUACUUCUCCUCACCGAACCUGCGACGUCUCGCCACAUCCGUAUACCAGGGCUCGCCAUGGCAUGGCACCGUGCAGAGCCCCCACAUUAUGAGGAGGGCCCCCAAAUUGUGGUCCACCCCCACAGAUUCACAGUCUAGCGGCAGCCCACUGCUGUCCGCCGCCCCACUGCUCAGUCCCAAGCAGGUUGCCGACCAACCCGGUCUUUUGGCCCAGUUCCUCCACAACAGGAAAGAACAGGUUAAAAGCUUCCUGUCCAAGCGUGUGCUGAUCGCGUAUUUGUUCAACAAGCUUCCAGAAGCCUCCAGUGAAGCGCUCUUUGCCGGCAGCCAGGCCCACAUUUGGGCAUUGGAGGGACUGUCCUACCUGGUUCAAGCCUCCUUCUCAGAGGACCACUUUGGCGUGGUGCAGACGGCGUUACCCAGCAUCCUUAGCACAAUGCUGCUCCUGCAAGAGGCAGUGGACCGACACUUCAAGCUGCCUCAUGCUUCCACGAAGCCCAUGCGGACGGCAGGCGGCAUGGGCGAGCCUGCCUACAAAACGCUGCGUUUCGCUCUCAGGGCCGCGCUCAAGACGGCCAUCUAUCGAAUCACCACCACUUUUGGAGAUCACCUCAACGCCGUUCACAUGUCGGCAGAGCACCGCAAGAGGCUGCAGCUUUUCCUGCACUACAAGGAAUGACUUAAUAUUCACAUCUCUGCAUUGUGCUGAUAACAGAGCACAUGUUGGAUGCUUUUAAUUUCACGAGCGCAAGGAAUAGAACGCUCACAGGUUUCUUUGAAAAUAAUCUCAGGGGAGAGAACCAGCCGAAAGUUUCAGGGCAUCACGGUGGCAGGGAAGCCUGUAAACAUUCAUCAGAGAUGAAGAGCGUAUUGAGGUGAGAGAAGUUCUAGUUCAUUCAGGUGGUGUCAAAGUAUUUCAUAUCAAUAAAUAUAUUGCUGCGC